ACUACAGAUCCCAGUGGACAGUGCAAAGGGGAGAGCAGGCGGCCGGGGAGCGGCGGAGGAGAAGGGGGGUAGAUACCGGGAGAGGGUGCAGUUAUUGUGAGUGGCGACUAGCGACGAGACAGGCACAUAAAAAGAGCGAUAGAUACAUAACGAGAGAGGUAACACAACGGAUAAACUGCUUGUAGGAAAGGGGGAGCUACCGAGGGAGCAGGCGGUUAUUGACAGGAGUAGGAUUAAAGCUACUGCUGCUGAAGGGUAAAUACAAAGGAUCGAGGGGCAAUUUCUGAUCACGAGCAGAGGUGUAUCCAGCCUCUGGAAGAGUCACUAGACCCGAAGACGAAACCUGCCCACAAGAAGGGAAGCGAAGGGGUUAAAAGCACUCCAGGGAUGGUCUGGACGAGAAGGGUAUUUACCGAUUGAAGGCCGGGGCAAACACGAAGCAGUUACCCAUAAAAAGGGGUAGUUCUAGAGUACGUGUCCUAUUUUGCCCCCGAGAGGGGCAACGAUUACCUUCUCGAUGAUACUGGCCCUUCGGAGGGGUCUGAAGAUCGCGUUUUGGCCACGGUGUUGAAAGCUUCCUGCACAGUAACAGACUAGCUCAGGAUUAUAUUUUGCUUUCUCCCUCACCCCCGGAGGGGUAUCCGAAGCUGGGCAUGCUGGAGACUGCAAUGGGGGAAGCGAAUCCGGAAGAUUCACCGUUGAACCUGAAAUCCGUCACUCAGCCACCUCAGAAACGCACCCGCACAGUUGAAGACUUUAACAGAUUUUGCAGCUUUGUUUUGUCCUAUGCUGGAUAUAUACCUCCCUCUACAAAAGAGGAGAGGGCAUGGACACCGUCUAAUUCUCCACACCGGACUGAGGAGAGUGAUGGCUGGGACUCUCCUGACCCACCAAGACCAGCUCUACCGUCUGACCUUCCUCGACCCCAGCCAACAUCGGAUCUCAGUACCAUCCAGACCUUUGUAAUGAAGGCCAAAAACCAAGGAGGGGCAGGGGGCAGCAGCAAGAGGAAAGGAGGAGCUGUUCCUGUAGGAGAGCGAUCAAGAGUAAAGAAAAGCAGCAGGAGGAAAAGGCGACAAAGAUACAGGGGAGGUCCCGGAUUAAGACUGAGUGACACAGAUACUGAGGAGGAGGACAGGGGGGGGUUACCUUCUGUAUCACCCACAACUCCCCAGCCACCCCCAAGUGCAGAAAGCAGUCGAGACGGGGGAGGCAGCUCUAGUGAUGCGGACACUCAAGUGAUGGACGAAGACAUCAUGGUAGAAUCAGGUGAUGAUUCCUGGGACCUUGUGACUUGCUAUUGUGAAAAGCCAUUUGCCGGCCGUCCUAUGAUCGAGUGUAAUGGGUGCUGCACCUGGGUUCACCUUUCCUGCGCCAAGAUUAAGAAGAGCAAUGUUCCUGACAUUUAUUACUGUCAAAAGUGCAGGGGAGGGCGGCCAGCGGGUAGUGCAACGCCCCGGGCAGAACCCUGACACUACCUUCCCUCUUACUGAAACGGACUUGAAGGUGGAGCAUAAUUCUUCAUAUUGGCUUUCCUCCAGCUGCAGUCUGAGGGAAAAGUUGGGGUUAUCGGACAUUUUAUUUUUGGGGAACUCUAGAGUUUGCGUGUGGAAAGUCUGCGUGAGCAGGAGAACUCUGAAACUGCGGUAUCAAGUGGGAGUCUCCGAAAAGGACACCCUUGAGUUGUAAUGUUUAUUAUGUUGAAUGGGUUAUGAAGAUUGCGAAAGGGGAGAAUUGUAUAUAGUUCCUGGGAGGUUGAGUUAGAAGAAAAAAAGAAUUAACUCUGCAAGAAUUGUGAUUCCACAUACAGGGGGACAAAUAGCAACAAUAUUAGCUGGUGCUGGAAAUCCUUACUGGGCCACGUAAGCCCAAAUCAAGUCUUCAGGCAAAAAAAUAAUUCAGCACACUCUUAUUUAAUACUAAUGGUCCAACUCAACCAGUAAGUAUUAAUAAAUAAGCAUUUUGCUCUUAGACUGUGAGCUGUUAUGGUGGAGUGUUAGAUAUAUUUGAAAUACUAUUAAUGGACAUCAUGUGACAGGUUGCCUACAUCUUUGCAAAAUAUCACUUAUUUUUCAUCCCUGUUGUGGGCAGAUGCUGUUCUUGCAGAUAAUUACUCCCAGUGUCUCAUCUCCCAGACCUGUACAGUUCUGAAAGCCUGUGGCUUGUUUUCUUGUAAAUAUUGGACAGAAUCUUUAUUUUUUUGUCCCUCCCUGUAAUAAAUCCAAUUUCUAUCCCAGAAAUAAAAGUUACUUUGUGAAUCGAGGUGCUGAUUGUCUGAGCAUGCUAAGAAAACUUCUGUUUUUCUUUUUAUGUCACUUUUCUGUUAUCUUGUCUUUCAUUUCUCUUUUUUUGAGUCCUGAAGGGGUCAAAUAAAUCUCUACACACUCA